CUAUUAUGCAGCCGGCACUAUUUCCGGUCUUUCACGAAAUGGCGUCAUUGCGUCGCUUUGGUUUUUAGUCGGCCACGCCUGCAGAUUUUUCUGUAUUUCAUACGAUUUGUAGUCUAUUCGUGAAUAUUUCGAUGUAAUUUCUUCAAAUAUUGCAUUACAUGGUGGUGUAUUUUAAGUAAUGUCAUUUCAAUACGUCAUUUUUUGAAAACUGCUUAACUUUUUAAUUUUUUCUUUUUUUGACUUCUUUUUUUUAAUUAAAAAAAAACAAUCGCCCAUCUAUCCUUGGGUAGCGAAAAAUCGUGAUUUUGGAAGUGAAUUUUGUGUAAUUGUGGUGAUUAUACCAAUCUCACCAUGAGUACGGGAACACAAGUGCGGUUGGUGAACGUGGUUCCACUCAAAAUGGGCACCAAAAUUAAAGUGGAACCGCUAAGCGAGACAGAGGAGGUGGUCAGCUGUCGUAUCUGCAUGAAAGGCUUUGCAAGCGACAUGGCGCUGAGAAACCAUGUGCGAAUGGAGCAUAUUGAAGCCUUCGAGACGGGUGACCCUAACGUGUGGACGGCGCCCGUCGAAAAUUCCCCAGUCAAAAAGAAGAGACUGACAAAAAUCCCUCUCUCGGCCAAAAUCAAAGAAGACCCAGCAGAAAUCAAAAAGAAGACCGAACAGAUCUUCUCAUCGAUGACCCCUGGGAACCUCAUGAGCCUCGCUUCCAACGAUGUGAGCUACAUCAUCAUCAAGUCCGAAGAAACUGAUAGUCCUCCGGAGAAGAAGAAAAAAGUCAAAGUGGUGAAAGUGAAUCAGCAAACGAAGGAAACUGUGAGGAAGCAGAAAGAACCUCCUCAGCCUAUCACUGGCCCAUUCGAAUGCGUGCAACCCUCAAACACGGUGGCCGAAGGAGUCUGCCACCAGAUAUUCUUCUCGUGCUGCGAGUAUUCGGCCCACUUUCGGGACGAACACACUCGGCGUCGCAAGGGGCUUCGGUGUCAAGUAUGCGAGAAGCCGCUUCUACAGCAGCACGAGGGCAGAGCACCUUACACUUGUGAGGUGUGCGGCGCGGGUUUUUCUGCGAGUAAAGAACUGUCUGCGCACACGUCGGCCGCUCACGUCAAGCUCAAGCCCUUCCAGUGCUCCAUCUGCUUGAAGCGGUUCACGCAGCAGGGCGGCGUUCAACAACACAUGAGGAUGCAUACCGGCGACAGGCCCUUCAGUUGCACCUUCUGCCCUAAGUCCUUCACGCAGAAGUCUGGCCUCGACCAACAUAUCAGGAUACACACAAAGGUGCGUCCCUACCGCUGCGUGAUAUGCGGCAAGACGUUCUGCCAGUCAGUCCAUCUCAAACAACACAUGCGGACGCACACCAACGUGUCUCCCUUCCAGUGCGGCAUCUGCCAGAAGCGGUUCAAGCAGAGCAGCCACUUGAACUACCAUCUGAGGAACCACAACCCUGCCAACAUGACCGACGACCAGAAGCAGAAGUACGAGGAACUAGUCGGCAUGAUGAGCAAGGAGAUCGUUCAAGUGGAGAUACAGUCCACGGAGACUGAAGAGACUGAGGAGACCAUGGAGACUACGGAGAUUUGCGAGGACAUGGAACAGGUAGUGGCCGCGCAAAACAUACAAAUGGUAGACGGGGAAUACAUUUUGGGCGACGACGUCGGGCAGACAUGGAGAGUGGAGAUGGCUGAAAACUAGUCCCAAUUCCAGACCUAGACUGCACUGUGCUUUGUGAGAAAAUUUGGGUAUCAUUUUAAAGGUCAUUAAGGGCCCCGUAUUAUUAAUACGGUGGUAGUCACGCCCCUGGUAUUUUGGUUUGCCCGUGGUUUUACUGCUUAGACGGCAAAACCAUCAAGUUAAUAUACCUAGCGGAAUAGAGCAACAAAUAACUGAGCGAGCGAGAUGUCACUAGCAGCAACACUGUAUGAUAAAAAGAGAUGCUUCAUGCCGUCGCCGUCAAAACAGAACCGUUUUCUGCAACUAUUUGACAGUGGGUUAGCACUCAUUGGCACGCUGAAAAUAUGAGGUCAGAUUUUUCAGAUUUUACAUGAGUGAAAUUGUGGAUGUUUAUGUGAAAUAGAGCUUCAGAAACGUGGUGACUGGUUCAGUGAUUGAUUUAUUGUAUAAAACAGUGAAAUAAUCCUGACCACUAACAUACUGGUACAUGAGUUUUUUAAAUAAACAACUUGAAAAAAUCGAAACUGCCUAAGGCGGGACUCGAACCCACGACCGUCCGCUUGCCGGGCGACUGCUCUUCCAACUGAGCUACUCAGACACCGAUUCGAUUUUUUCAAGUUGUUUUUUUUUAAUAUAAAUAUAAAGUCCGGUCGCCGGUGCGCUCAUACACUCACUGCGGCGACCCGUCGCACAUUCGCGACAGCAAUAUAAUUAUGCGCGAGUGAUAAGGAUGGGUAGCUUGGGGUCAUUGUACGAAAUUCUAUCUGCUCGGCGACCGGACUUUAGUUUGAGAAGCGACUCUAUUCGCUAAGAAAUUUUAAUACUCAUGAGUGUCAUCCAAAAUCACUGACUAAGUUUAGUGCUAGCAUUAUAAUAAGCACAAUGUGUCUUCCUUUAGUUCGUUUGCAACGAUCAUGGACCUAUAAAAAAAGGCGGACGGAACUCGCGCUGCAACAAAACUGUGACGCAAAAUUUUGGCGUUUGUCUAUUGUGUGAGUGAAUUUAGGGAUGCCAUGUUAGCCAAAACAUUUUACCCAUUUAUUUUAAGAAAAACAUAGAUCGGCAGAUGUUACUUGGAAAUGUAGACAGAAUUAUUCCGUGCCAUUUUAAAAGGAUGAAAGGUGAAUGCGGUGAGGUUGAGGCGCGAAAUUUUCAAUGUUCAAAUUUUCUUACAUUGUUUUCAAGUCAGUGUGUCAGGGUAUGUACAUAAUCUUGAUCAAAAAUGAUUCACGCAGUUACAAAUUACGAAUCUUGUGUACAUUAUAAUCAUAAGCUUAUGCAUCAUCAAUAUAUUAUUAUUAUCUCUGAUAGAUUUUAACAUACAACCUGACACUGACUUGCAAUCAAUGUAAGAAAAUUUGAAUUUCGCAGUUCCACAUUUUUGGGAAGGAUCAAAUUUGCCUAUGAAAAUAUAUCCCAUUAAAACACAAUUAUUAUGAUAAAUUAUUUUAUUUCCAUAGUAUGCGUAAUAAAUAACUAAAAAGUCCUAAAAUUAUUAUUAAUUUCCCAUAUUUCGGGUAAUUUUCCCACGUAAAUAACUGAGAACACUAGUCUUUGACGUAUUAUUUUUUCGAGUGAAUGACGUUUGAUUUCAAUUAAUUUCAAUAUUUUAAUGUCGGGAAAUAAGUGAUUGGAUUAUUAUUUUGCCUGUGAAAUGUGAUUCCUUAAUUUUUGUUUGUUCGAACAGAACGGUUUUUACACAAUUUCGUCACACAAGACAUGUCGUAUUCGUGUUGUUUUUUCGCUGCUUAAAUGAGUCGACUGUGUGAAGUUUGCAUUCGAAGUGGUGUAUCAGGGUGUGAAUGUGUGCGUGCCGGCCUAUACGUACAGGCAAGCUGGUGUAUCCUAAUGUCACAGUAUUUUGUUGAUGAGAAUCCGUCCGACUUUUUUUAUAGGUCCAUGGCAACGAUGUUGAUUUUAAAUUGUUUGGAUAUUAUUUCACAAAUGUCAAUGUGUCAACAUUUGAAGUUGUGCCUUGGAAUUGUUCGUUUUAUUGUCAAUUACCCAAUAUUUCAGCAGAAAUAUCAUUGUGUGUGUCACAGGCAUUUGUCAAGAUGUUUGCAAACAACUUUGCACAAAUAUUUUAAACGGUUGUUUAACUUGUUUGCACAUAAAGGACAACAGUUUCGUUGUUGAGUCUUGAUGCCAACUCUUGGCUUUUUCACACAGUUAAAAUAUUUGUACAAAUAUUUCAAACAUCUUGAAACAUUCAGUGAACGGGAUCAGAAAUAAACUCCAAAAUGUAUAGUUAUACAUGACUUCCCUAGAAUGUAUAUUGUAGUGUGUACUAUUGUAUAUAGGCUACUUUUAGUUUAUUAUAUUUUGUAUUAUUCUUACUAGGUUAUAGUAAAUUAUCUUAAAUUAGCAAAGCCUGGAUGGAUAGUCUUCAAUCUUCAUACAAAAGCUUCGACUAAAACAAAGGUUUCCAAACUUACGUUGUCUACUGCCCACUUUGAGAAUAAAUUAUUUUUUAGCGUCCCCAUUUUUUCGUUUCAGCUCAUAAUGACAACUUCUCAAAAUGACAACCGGGACGCAAAAUGUCCACUCCUCGGAAUGACAACUUCGAAUUUGGUCAACUUCGCAUAAUGACAACUCUAGAAGAACUAGAACUCUAGAAAUAAUGAAAAUAAAAUAUCAACAAGUAGUUGACAUUGCAAAGUUGACGAAAUGCGAAUUUGUCAUAGUGAGAAAUAGACAUAUGAGAAGUUGUCUUUUAGCGAAGUUGACAUUUUAAAAAGUUGUCAUUACGAGAAGUGGACAUUUUGCGUCCCGGUUGUCAUUUUGAGAAGUUGUCAUUAUGAGCUGAAACGCAUUUUUUCAUCUACUUAAAAACCACUAUAACUUCAAACGCUCUGCUUUUUUCCGAGUCUCCUUUUAGGCUUGCAGCAUUCUCAAGGGGCGUUAUCGCCCUAUUGGGAAAGGCUGGUCUAAAGUGAGGCAAAAACCUUAUGUCAUUAGCAUUACUGUCAAAAUGUUGUGAAAAAAGUAACAUUGUAAGCGAUUUUUUCGAAAGUGGGAGAGCUUUAUCGUCAUAAAUGUUUACACUAGGUAUUUGUUAUUUAAUAAUGAUUUAAUAAUUUAACUAAAACAAUAAAAUUUGCCGGAUUUUUUACUUGAUGUGACGUUUCAAGUGGACCAGUCUACUAAAAGUUGACUCACUUUUCUAUCUAUCUAGGCUUUAUAAUCUAUGAAUAGGAUUUGAUAAAAUAAGAUCUUUAUUGCAUAGGGACGGCUCAUAACGCUAAAUUGGUAUCCCAGAUACUUGUAUUAAGGGAUAGUUUGCAAUGAAAUGUAUUUUAGUGAUUCUAUGAACUGCAAUAAAUGUAUUUAAAUUAUAA